AUGCUAGUUUGUUUAAUUCAAGAACAAUUUAAUAAUUGCGGAUCUCGAGGAAUACGUCAAUUUGGACCAUCUCCAUAUCCUAAAAAGUGCAUUCGACGUAAGGGCAUUUUUAAAUUCAUAAAAAAAUAUACAUCCCUAGAAGCCAAUGCCAAUAAAGGAAGAAUAUUAACUAAAAAAGAAUUUAUUAGAGUAUUUGGCUCAUUAGCUGGUCUUCAAGGAAAUAAUAAUGAACAGAUCGAGCUACUUUUCAUGAAAAUUGAUUCUUGCUGCAAUGACUAUAUAAGUUGGAACGAAUUUUGCACUUAUAUGCAAUUAGAAUACGCUGAGAAAGAGGAUGCUUAUCUUCAUGGGAAAGAAGUUGACUUUACUGUUCCGGCAGUAACAUCAAACACCCCACAUCGAGAACAAUUUUUGAGAAUAUUAAAUACCAGUGACAAUAAUUUCGUUAUAAUGAGCCAAUAUCAGCACGUUACUCGAUAA